CUGGUUAGUAGAGCACAGUAUCAUGGGAAAGCUCCCAAAUACUGUAUCUACAGGAAACCAAUACACCCACUCAGAAUGGACUAAUUCGAAUCUUGAUCAUUUUCACAAUGCGGAGACCUCCCGACAUAUUGCGGAGAGGAUCCGGGCGGAGGCCAACAUCCUCAUCUCCGAGAGGAACAACAAGACCCAGAUCACCCAGGUUGAUGUAAACUCGAAGCUCGGAGACCGAGUUCGAGAUAUCAGAGAAUGGAAGGAGGAGUUGGUCAGAGAGACGGAGAGGUUGCAGGAGGAGACGGAGCACCUCGAGGAGGGAAGACGACAUUUAGAAUAUGCGUUCCAACAGGCCAAACGACCUCUUAAAGUUGCGCUUGCGUGUCUCUCCGAAAGAGAAAACAGGGUUGGGAUUGAUCAAGUGAAAGAUGCGGUUGAGAAAAAUCUGAAGAAGGAGGUUGAAAACAUCAAGAAGUAUCAGGUUCGAAUGAAGAUCUUGUUGGAGAAGGUUGACCGGCAACUAAAUGAUAACUUGGAGAGAAAAUCCAAGCUGGACAAGGAUACAAGUCUGAAGGACGAAGCAUUUUUGAUUGAUCAAACCUGCUUCUCUCUGCACAACAGCGCAGGAGAUAUCACCCUUCACUGUGGAAUAGAGAGGGUGGAACAGUCUGAAUCCGUCCCGAUAUCCUGGCAGGAGAACACUCAAACCCAUCUCAGAGAUUCAAUUAAGUCCAGAGAAUUGUCGGAGGGACUAAGGAUGGAUAUCGAUACAUUGAUCAGUGAUUCCUCCAAGGACAUGCUGAACUACUGGACCAACACCAACAAGGAGUUCCAGGAAAGGAUCUCGGAGACCCAGGAGACCCAAGGGAAACUAACCUCACACCUUCAUCUCGUGGAGAGAGAUAUUCUACAGAUGGAUGGUUUGAUUGAUCAGCUCCGCUCCACCAAACUAGCAAAACAAGCUCCGCUGAAGGUUGCCCAAACGAGGCUAAAGAAACGAAGCCAAAGGCCAGAUAUCGAGGCCUGCAAUGAUCCUCCGCAUCUCCGUCUUGUCGACGAGGUCGGGAUCAUCAACGACACCAUCCUCCUGCUCGACCAGAAGAUUACGGAGGCCGAGGCCGCCAGGUUGGAUCUGGUCUCGAACAAAGCGAGACUAGAAAAUGAUAUCAGAGUCAAGGGAAACUCUCUUGCUAUCGAUCAACAGAAAUGCAUGACUCUCAGGUUAAACUUUCCGUUCAAUAUUCGCUGCAGUGUGACAUCUAAACGAGUUGAACGCAGGAGAUUUAGAUUAGAUUUAUCCGAGGACUAAUCUCCAGUAGAACACAGAGACAAGGUUUGCUCUGUUCUCCAGUAGAAACCAGGACCUGGAGACAGGAUUUCCUCUUUCUCUCUAGUCCAAGGACACGGAGAUGUCUGGGUUGCUUUGCUCAACCCGUCUCCGUUUAUAGAAUUAUUGUUUUGUGAAAAAUUGUCUUGUGUAAAUUAGAAACUAAGGGAAUGGACACUUACUUUAACAAUAAAUUUAACUUUUUCUCUU